CAUUGUUAUUAAUGACCUCGAAGGCAUAUGGUGGUAAUUCACUGGCAUCAGCGCUAGAUGAAGAACGACUGGAAGUUCUAAGAUGGAUGAAAGAAAGGGAGGAGAAGAAGUAUCGUGAGCUGGCUCUCGAUUACGAUCCUAUCGUCCGUGAUUAUUGUUUUGUAAAACCUGGCGAGAAAGGAUACCGAAUAGAGUCAGCAGAUAUGACUUCUUUACCUCAUUAUAAGAAUCCUCCUAUAUCAGACGAAUACAAGAAGAAAAAGGAGAAAAAGGAGAAAAAAGAAAAAGAAGAUGAGAAAAAAAGAAAUAUUUCUUUUCAGACUUCGAAUCCGCUCGCCAUGUCAAGUAACAAAGUGUCUGAUGUGUUGGCAUCUUCAUUAUUUUCUACUGAGUCUCCUCCGAGUACUUCUCAUAAACGACAUUCUUUGUCUAGUAUUACCUCCAAGUCAUCUUCACCAGAACAGACAUUUGCUGCUCUGCAUCCUUAUGGUGAAUCGCAUUUAAAGAAACCCUCCGAACCGACACAUCAGCGAAGAGCUUCUUUUGGCAGUAUACCUUCAACUUCUUCUUCUGUACAGAGACCUUCUAUAAGUACAACAAUAACGAAAUCUUCUCAAAAGGAGGCACAGAAAGCAUCUGGGAAAUCCAGGACUACUCCAAGCUCUCCAGUAACGAAACCUUUCACGUCACCAGAUGAAACAUCUCCGGCGAAACCGGAUAUUCCCCACUUUGUUGUUUCUCCUCCUCCUGUCUCUUCAACUUCUGGCACAUCCAAGACCGCCAAGGAUGGGAUCCAUUCUCCGGCGAAAUCAGAUGAUGCACUUGAUGAAAAUGACGAACCUCUCCAUUUAACUCGCUCUCUACCUUCCUCCUCUUCAUCUUCAGAAGACGAAGACGAAGAUGGCUUUUCAUCGCAUUCGGAUGUUGAAGGGCUACCAAGUCCAAACAAACCUUUUAUAUCUUUUGACGACUCUCCGAAAGUUUCUCAACCUUUAAUUAACAAAAGUGGUAAAGCCAGUAAAAGAAGUCGCCUCAAGAAACUGGUUGGUGCUCCCCUAUCUAAAAGGAAAUCACUUUUUGAUGAUGAUUCGAAUAUGAAAGGUGAUAGUAAUGUCCUACGACGAUCUCGUUCCAAUCCUGGCCUUUCUUCUUCAAAUGAGGUCAAGUCCGAACCUGUUCGUCCAAAUACGAAUUUUGUAUCUACACAUGUCGAUAAUUGGUAUGGUUCUGACCAAGAAGAAAUUGAACAAGACCUUCGUACUGCCAAAAGUCUAGAUGUGAAUGUCGGUCCAACACGAUGGAUUCCUAAUGCCAGUCGAACAAUCCGACGGAUUCGUAGAGGAAAUUUCCAAAGCGCUGCCAGUAACUCAAAAAGAAAUAGUACCUACUUUCUUACAUUAGAUUUAUCAUCAGAAAGUUUAUAUGCUGCUGAAUGGGCCGCAGGUGUUCUCUUAAGAAACGGUGAUACUCUUAUUAUAGUCGAUGUGAUUGAAUGUGAUGAUCCGAAAUUAGAGAUGGAGCAUAUGGAAUCUUCACAGAUGGAAACUUUAGAAAAAAUUACAAAGUACAUUUUAAAAUUGCUUAGUAAAACUGUUCUCGAAAUAGAAGUGAACAUUGAAGUUAUUCAUCACGAGAAAGCCAAACACUUAAUUGUGGAAAUGAUUGACUAUGUCGAGCCGACUUUGGUUGUUAUGGGCAGUCGUGGACGCAGUCAUUUAAAAGGUGUGUUGCUUGGUUCUUUCAGUAACUACUUGGUUAACAAGUCGAGUGUGCCGGUAAUGGUUGCUCGUAAACGACUGAGAAAAAAUAAGCAUCGGUUUGAACGUUCAGACCGCCUUGCCAAUAAUCUUGCUGAUGCUAUUGUAGAUGAAGUCGGUCGCUAGUUUUUGCAAAGGUUAUGGAUAUUUAUGUUAUUUGAUGCUUCGGGAUUACAUAAUGCUGUUUUAGUUAAAGCAACGAUUUUUAUGAAUGGUUUUCUGCAUAUAUAUACCUAUUACUUUAUUGAAGUACUGAUGAAUGAAAUUUUGCUGGGAACAUACGCAUAUAUCUGUGAAUUGUCGUUUGUUUGGAAUUUAUCGUUUUAUGAUACUCGAACGGAGGCAGUUAGCUAAUAGUUGAAUGAUUAUGUUUCAUAUAAGGCUUCUUUAAUUUUUAUCUUAUUUUUAACGGUGUA